UGUUUUGUUUACAAUCACCUGCACUUUAUUUCCUGCAACGCGAAUUUAUUGGACUUUAGUCACCAAUAAUGAUGAACUUAAAGCAAUUGGCCUCCCACGCCUACCGCCAGUACGAACUGGUGACGUGCAUCAACAUGCUGGAGCCCUGGGAAAAGAAGCUGAUCAACGGAUUCUUCCUGAUCAUGCUUUGCCUGGUAAUCUUCUCCAGCUUCAUGUAUCUGCCGGACUAUCUGCAAACCCUGCUGCAGUUCGUCACGCCGCCCACCUGGUACAAUAGUUCCCCGGAAAGUGCGGCCUAUGUGGCGCAGAAAAUGGCACGGAGCUGAGCUUCCAGCCACAAGCCCCUUGCCCACGCAUGCUCCCUAUCAAAAGACAACUAUAAUUUAAUGCUUCUGAUUGAUUAUUGUGAUUUACUUCGACUGGUCCAAGAUCUGUAAAUACUUCGCCGUGCCAAGCAAAAUUCGUUUAACCCA